CUGUUGACCUCUGACCUCCUAUUUACCCUGACCCUGCCAUUCUGGGCCGUCUACCACCUCUCCCACUGGAUGUUUGGUGACCUGGCCUGUAAGUUGUUGACGGGGGCAUACUUCACCGGUCUCUACAGCAGUAUGAUGCUGCUCACCUCAAUGACGGUGUACCGCUGUGUAAUAGUCGUCGCGUCCCGCUGGACCGCUGUUCCCCGGAGACGACUGAGGUACGCAUGGGCCACCUGCACGGCAUCAUGGGUAGUCAGCCUGGCCGCCUCCCUCAGUGAUGUCAUAUCCUCCCAGGUACAGGAAGAGGGAAACGGGACAAGAAUAUUCACCUGUGACGUCUCACCUGGAACUAUGGACGAGGAGCUGGGCUACUACCUGCAGGUGUCCCUGCUCUUCGUCCUCCCUCUAAUCAUCAUCAUCCUCUGCUACAGUGCCAUUCUCAGGACAGUCCUGGUAACUGCGACCAGGAGACGGCACCGCACAGUGCUGGUGGUCUUCUGUAUCGUGGUUGCGUUCUUCGUCUGCUGGGCGCCGUACAACCUAWUCRUSUUCGUCAUGUCUGUCUACAMACCUGUAGACUGUGGGGUCAAGGAGCGGCUGCAUGUUGUGUACGUUGUGUGUCGUAUUGUGGCCUACGCCCACUGCUUCCUGAACCCUGCUCUCUACAUGCUGGGCUGGGUUAGGUGA